AUGCCACGAAUUGAAGAGAUUGCCUUGGUGAGCAUAAAUAUACGGAUUUGGAAAUAUCUGGCUAUAUUGUAUCCGAACGGAGAGAACAAUUGGCGCAAGUAUGCCUUCGUGCUGCCAGUUUGCCUGAUGAACAUAUUGCAGUUCAUCUAUUUGCAACGCAUGUGGGGCGAUCCCCCAGCAUUCAUAUUGAAUGCGUUCUUCUUUUCGGCCAUAUUCAAUGCUUUGAUGCGUACAUUGCUGGUCAUUGCGAAACGUGUACAGUUUGAGGAAUUUUUGGGGGAACUGCAACGGUUAUAUGAAGUUAUAUGGGCAACCGAAGAUGACAUUUGUUGCGGCAUAUUGCAGGAGGCAGAACGAGAAGCACGUGACAUAGCUAUUUUCAAUUUGUGUGCAUCCUUUCUUGACAUUACGGGUGCUGUGGUCUUUUCCCUUUUUAGCAAGGACAAAGUGCAUCCGUUUGGCAUUGCUUUGCCUCAGGUGGACAUGACACGUUCGCCAGUAUAUGAAAUUUUCUAUAUACUUGAAAUACCCACUCCGAUAGUCCUUUCGAUAAUGUAUAUGCCUUUUGUGAGUCUAUUUGCUGCUUUUGCUCUCUUUGGUCGUGCCAUGUUGCAAAUGUUGUCGCACAAAUUGUCGCGCAUAAAGGACCUAAAGACAUCGGAGGAACGUUAUCAAAUGCUCACCCGUUGUAUUGACUUUCAUUCAAAUGUCGUAAAAUAUGUACGGAUGUUUAAUGAUUUGGUCACUUUUAUUGUGGGUGCUGAGGCCAUCAUCUUUGGCUCCAUCAUAUGUUCCCUGUUGUUUUGUUUGAAUUUGAUACACUCAUCUACUCAAAUGAUAUCGGUUAUUAUGUAUAUCUUUACCAUGCUUUAUGUUCUCUUUACCUACUAUAACAGAGCACAAGAUUUGGUUGUUGAGAGCAAUCAUGUGUCUGAGGCUGUCUAUGAUGUGCCAUGGUAUGAGUGUGAUAUACGUUUUCGCAAAACUCUUCUGAUCUUUUUAAUGCAAACUCAAAGGACAUUGGUGAUAAAAGUUGGCAACGUUUACCCCAUGACUUUGGCCAUGUUUCAGAGUUUGUUGAAUGCAUCCUAUUCCUAUUUUACCAUGUUGCGUGGCGUGACCAACAAAUGAGCUGGAAGCCCCUAACCAAAAAAGCGAGAGGACAGAGUGAACCGAAAAAGGAAGUUGCCAGCAAUCUGAGUAAUGCAAAAAGUUGUUGUUGUUGUUUAGCCUGGGAUGGCAUUUGCAUAUGU